AUGGAGGCGACGCUCGUGCGCCUGCAGCGCCGCGAACAGCACGGGCUGCGCCACACGUUCUCGCGGGCAAUCGCUGCGCGCUUCUACGCCGACGGGUCCCUCGAGAGACGGCGGCGUGUCCUCGCCUGCACCCAGCGGCGCCAGGAGCGGCUUCAAGAACGGGCGCGCCUCGAGGCGUGGAAGAGCGACAUGCUGCGGCGCGCGCUCGAUGAGAAGCGAGAGCUCGACGAGAAGCGCCGCGAGCGCGAGAUGGACCGCGCGAUGCGACGCCUCCAGCACAUGAGCGCGGAAGUCAUCCAGGCCGCGUGGCGCCGCGUGUACCACGGCAUGCUCUGGCGUCGGCUCCGCGACAACGCCGCCUGUCUCUUGCAGCUCGCGUGGCGCGACUUUGUCCAGCGACGCAAGCAGCGCCGCUUUCGGGCCACACGCCGCUUGCAGCGGUGGUGGCGCCGGGCGAUUGUCGAUUUGUGUCUCCGACGGGUGUGGCACACGUGGCAGCGCGUGGUGGCCGAGCGCCAGGACGCGCGAUCCCAGUGGCGAACCUACUGGCACUUUAUUCGCGAUGCGGCGGCCAUGACGCUGCAGCGCAUUUACCAGCACCUCCAGUUCCUCGAGCGCAUGGAAGCAAGCGCGCGCCGCAUCCAGUACGUGGUCGGUCGCCACGUCGCGCGGAAGCGCCUCCGUGCAGUGCAAUCACCUGCAAAAACGCCACGUGCCGUGGCCGCGCACGAGAUCUGCGUCGAUGGCACCCGCGAGGUCGAGCUAUGCCGGACAACCGUGCGCUUACGCGCCGAGAUUGCUCGCCUUGAAAUCGAGGUUGCUCGGCUGCGCAACGACGCCGUACCCCAAGCCCAAGCGAUAAGGUUCGACGAGCGCGAGCGCCUCCGACGGCUGCGGGUGCUCGAGGCCCAGCGGCUUGCACGCGAGUCCGAGGCCAUCGCCCAGCGCAAGCGCGACGUCGAAGAGCGCAAGCGGCGCGAGAUCCGCGUCGAGCUCGACAAGCACUGGGACCUCACCCGGCGCCAGCAAGGCAAAGGGAAGGGUCUCGAACCGGCGCGGCCCGACUCGCGAUUCGAGCUUGUAUAA